UGACAUCUUGUCUAUAGCGGGUGUGGAUCAUAGGGUGUGGAUCAGUAACGAGAUCGGAUAAAGGGACCGGAUAACGGGAUAACGGGAUAACGGGACCGGAUAACGGGAUAACGGGAUAACGGGACCGGAUAACGGGACUCCGCCGCCAUGCUCCGGCUGUCUCUCUUGCUCCUGGCCGCCCUCGGGGCUUCUGGUCUCGGUCUCCCCGGGUCCCAGGUCUCCGGGGCGGCCGGGCCCUGCCUCGCCCCGCCGCAGUGGGAGGGCCGCUGGGUCCGGUACGACCACAGCACCGGGAGGAACAACCGGGCCUCGGUGUCCUACGACGGCCCGAACCAGCGGGUCCGAGUCCUGCAGCAGCUGAAGAAGCACAGCCCUUGUCAGAGGUUCUUUGAGUACAUCUACCUGUACCAGAGCAUGGUGAUGUUCCAGAUCGACCAGAAGACCAAAGACUGCUCUAAGAUCGCACUGACGGAGAGCUGGGAUCCCUUCGACAUCCCGGACAACUCCACCUUCGAGGACCAGUACUCCAUCGGGGGCCCCGGGGACAGCGUGGAGGUUCAGGAGUGGUCCGACAGGAAGCCGGCACGCAAACAUGAGACCUGGGUGGGCGUGUACACCUUGAAGGACUGUUACCCGGUGCAGGAGACCUACGCCUUCAACAGCAGCGUCACCACCUCCACCCGCUUCUUCGACCUCCGGCUGGGCAUCAGCGACCCCGACGUCUUCACCCCCCCCAGCACCUGUCAGUCAGCCCGGCCCGAGGAGAUGAGCGAGUCCGACUGCUGAUCUUUGACCUAAGAUGCUGAGCAGGAUUCUGAGGCUGAGACAGAAAUCGCUCGUUCUCUGCUCCACAGAUUCACACUAUUUCUCUCUGCAGCCGAGCAUCUAUGUAGCGUUGCCAGAUUCUUAACUUCACAAUAAAAUCGGGUGCAUUACAAUUUGUGCUAAUGCACAUAAGCUAAUGUACAUAUUACAAAUAUCCUAGAAAUUGGACGCUCAAAUAAAAUUGCAUUAGGUUAAUUCAUAGCAAGAAGGGAGUGGUUUCGCACCCGGCCUCUGUCCAGUGUUUUACAGAAGUGCUUUUUAAUUUGUUAAAAUUGUUGUUAGGGCCGAUAAUCAUGCUAACUGCAACCUAACACACAGUUAAAACUAUCAGCUGAUUAUAAUACCUUCAUGAUUUCCUUCAUGUUAAAAUAGGUUAUGUCCUUAAACACGGAAAUAAAUUGGCGUUUGCACAAUCGGAUGGCUCGGUUCAUUAACCUGCUUAUGAGACUUUAAUGUGAGGAAGAGAAGCUGCAUAUGUCAUGUGUCCGUCCACAAUCUGGACCUAUAGCAGCAUCACUAAGAGCUGGACACAGACUGACCUGAACCCGUCCAACUAUGAGCUUCAUCAGAAGGAAGGUUUGAAGUCAACUCUUAAAAGUAGAGAGGGUGAAACUGGGAGAUGAUUCCACAGAAAAGCAUUAUUGUGAUCAGGCUUUGAAAUGAAUGUAUGUAGCUUGAGUCUUGCUUGUUUGUGUUUUUUUUGGGGAAACGUGUAUUUAUACAACUAAACCAACACUGAACUAAUAAUAACUGUAACGUAGGGUUUCAGUGGUCAUAAUCCUAAUUUAAAUUUGAUGAUUCAUGCAGAAAUCUUGUGAAACAUGCAAAUAUAAUUCAAACAUUAAAAAAUGUUCCACCAAGAAA